AGACCUGGGUGUAAUUAACGACACGUUAACAGCAGUUUUACAUGUUUCCAGACUUUUUUCAAUGAACAUGCCUCGAGUGCUGAACUAAACUGGAUCAGCUGCAUGCGUGGAGAAAAGAAAAAAAAAAAAGUCAACACCAGCUUUAUUAGAAAAAAAUACUGACGUCUGCGGUGCCCUGUGUGUGCAAAAACCUCUGCUCCACCCUCAGAAAAACAACGCCUACUGACUGAGGCUUAUACAAGACUUUUAUAAAAGAUAUUUCACCUUGCCUCGUCAGAUGAUCAACAGUGAGCAGCUUCUGAACAGAGAACGUGUGUUUCUGCUGACCAUGCGUCUACACGGGUCAAUGAGUACAUUGGGAGCAGUGUUGGUUCUGCUGGCGGGCUGUCAACAAUGUGUCUCAGCUGACAGUGACACUUUGGCUCCACCAGAGGUCUCGCAGCACAAUAGCACUCUGUAUGCGGCCUGCAAAAUGAGACCCAGCACCUCACUGGCCGAGGGUCUGCCCAAAGUGUACGGUCAGGUGCUGUUUAAGCAGGAUUAUCCUCAGGGAAAACUCAAAGUCCUUCUUCGGUUCAAUGGCUUCCCCACGGAGGGUGAUCCACAGCCCAGAGCGGUGCACAUCCAUCAGUACGGAGAACUGAGCAAGGGGUGUGACUCCACUGGCGGCCACUAUAAUCCACAUGGUGUACAUCACCCAAACCACCCUGGAGACUUUGGCAACUUUGAGCCCCAGCAAGGAAAAAUCAAUGCCAUAAUAGAAUCUGAGGCAACGCUGUUUGGAGGGAUGUCUGUGAUCGGAAGAGCAGUGGUGGUCCAUGAAAAGGUCGAUGACUUAGGGCGUGGUGGAGACGCUGGGAGCCUGCUGCAUGGAAACGCAGGCCGGAGGCUUGGCUGCUGCAUUAUUGGCAUUUCCCCCCCCGAUCUCUGGAAUAUGCACCAUAAACUGUACAGUAGGCGCCUGAGGAGUAAUUAAUCUGACAGUAGUGGUAUAUACUGUACCGGAGGUCAAUUUACAAAGUUUGCCCUUGUAUUCAUUCAUUCAUUGUAUCCAUUGUAUUCUGUAGUCUGAUAUGAAGAAAAAUCAAUGGCUCAAUCAAAUUCCCUUUCUCCAAACAUUCAACAAUGGCUUAUCAAACUUAAAGGACUGGUCCAGGGUCAAUUUCAAGAACUUUUCUCAAAAUACUAAGACUAAAUAACACAUUACUAGCAGAGUGGUUGGUUUGCCGUUCCACCACUUUGGUCCAAACUAAAUAUCUUAUCAUCUACGGGAUGGAUUGGCACACAGUUUGGUGCAGACAUUCCUGCUUCCUAUGAAUCCAACCAACUUUAGUAAAUCUCUGACAUUUCCCCUAUAAGCACCAUCAUCACACCAACAUUUUCUGUCCAUUCUUUGUUUUAUGAUCAAAUACUCAGCCUCAACUAUACUUUGUCUUUAGUGCUAAAAGCAAAUUUUAGCAUGCUAAGCUAAGAUGCUCCACCUGCAGGCAUCAGCAUGUAAGCAUUGUCAUUGCGAAUAUGUUAUCAUGCUGACGUUAGCGUUAAGCUUAAGAAACCUGCAUUACAUAAGCUUUACCUUCAGGACAAUGUCACAAUAUGUAAAAUCCUGAUGAACAGCAUCCAUGUAAUUUUGGAUUUCUAUACAUUAAACUUUUUUUUCAGAUACAACAAACCAGUAGUUGAAAACUAUUUAUUUUGCAGAAAUAAAUCAAUUUUGUACACAUUUUUGCUCACAUUCAACAACUAUACACACGGCUCUAGAUAAUUUCUGUCUGGUAAGUUAAUAUCUGUUACUACAAAAAACACAAAGACAUCAGUGCUGGUAAUCUAGAUGUUGUGGCUUCAGUGUGUUGUAUGUACUUGUAACUAAAUCUUUUUGUUCAGCCUCAACUGACAAAUUAUUGUAAAUCAUCAAAUAUCUGUCUUGAAGACAUCUGUCAAGGAAUUCAAAAAAAGCAUUUAGCAUUAAAAAAGAAAUAUCCAAUUAAUUAAUAGUAUAUUGUCAUGCUGCAUUUUAUAUAUAUCUUUGAUAAUAUUGUGUGCUCAUAAUUACAAAUAAAAACUUGUGCAAGGAUGUUUAGUUUUAAAUUAAGUGACUGUCGCUUCUAGACAGAAUCUGCCAGCAAAUAAGUAAAUGUCCCACAAUAAAGGAAUUAAAAAGUUUGGAAAA